UGGUUUGAUGAUAUCAACGAAGAAAAAGGGAAAUUAGAAAAUAAGAAAAGCGGCAAAGAAAAUGGCGGGAAAUCAAAGAAUCUGGAGGGAAGAGAAACGCUGAAAUCGUGUAAUCGCUGCAAAUUGUUGGUUAGCGAAAGAUCCCUCCCACCUCAGGAGACAUGGCCGAUAUCGAAACCCUAGGUAUUCUAGAUGAGAUUCAAGCACUCGUCUCCGAUAAGCUCCAAGUGGUUUCUUACAAGUGGCUGAGUCGGAACUUUUUGGUGCCAUCAAAUACUGCCAAGAAACUCCUUCAAGAGUUCGUAGAAAAGCAAGGAUCUCAACUGGAAGUGUUAUAUUCUUUAUCUGGAUGGUUGAAGAAUAAUCCUUCAGUUUACCACACAAAGCUUGUUUUGAGCUCUAAACUUUCAGAAGCCAAAGAAGAAUUUGGUGACAAUUAUUCAGUUCAAGUAUAUAGUGUUCAAGCUUGUAUCCCUAAAGAUCCAGCAGUGCUUUGGAAUGCUGAGUUUAUACAAGCAGAAGAGCUCUUCAAGGAGCCCCCUAAUGUUGUUAACUGCUUACGUGACAACAGGUUUUGUGGGGUCUCAAAUUCAUUUGUGAAACGCAAUGCUGAAGGAACACCUAUAGUCAGCAAAGCUUCAUUUCAAGAAAAAAAGGUUGAAGAAUCAAACCCUAAACCUGAUAAGGGAAAAGAUAAUCAAAAUGGAAGCCAUAGGGCCCAAGUAAUUGAACAAGAGGUCAAACCAGUUCCAAAAAAAGAUCAAGCUCCUCAAUUGCCAAACAAAAAGAAAGCCCAGAAUGAUAAAACCUCUUCUGGGACUUCAGGUUCAUUAGCUAGUAUGUGGGGUCGUGCAUCUGUAAAACCAAAACCCGAAUCUGCACCUGUAAAAACUGAUAAUCCCAUUCCUGUUUCAAAUGAUGCUCAAGUUCUUGCUAAUGAAUUGGAAGAAGAUGAUAGCAGUGGUGAUGAAGAUAAGCAAAUGAACUUCAAGAGAGGUUCUAAUGGUGAUGGGAAUAAUAGAAAAAGGAGAGUUGUCAUUGAUUACUCUGAUGAAGAAGAUGAGAUAAAAGAUGCAGUGAGUUUAGCCUCACCUGAUCCUCCAAAAAAGCAAGUUUCUGUGGAUUCAAAGAAAAGUUCUAAAAAAACUACAGCUCUUGAAAAUAAGAGCUUGGAUUUUGAUGAACUAAAGGAAGAGAAAGUCAAGGUAUCUGACAUUGAUGCUAAAAAUAUAUUGAAAGAAGAAAACCAUGACAAGAAAAUUGUGAAACCUAUUUCAAAUGAGAAAAUUUGUCCUGAAAAAGAUGAUGUAGAACAGAAAGCUAAAGGGAGUGAUGCUGCUCAAAAGGCGACUAAAAAGAGAAAAGUUUUGAAGACACGAAUCGAUGAACGUGGGAGAGAAGUAACUGAGGUUGUUUGGGAGGAUGAAGAAGAGAAAGAAACAAAGCCUGAUGAUAAUACAAGAAAAAAUAAAGACGACAAUAAUACCAUCACCACCAACAGGCCUCUUGCAGCAGCUGCUGCUGCUCCCAAGAAGGUUGGAAAUGUUCAAUCCAAUGCAACAGGAAAAGCAGGAAACAAGAAAGCCAUUUCCAAGGAUCCAAAACAGGGGAAUAUAAUGUCCUUCUUCAAAAAGAAAUAAUGAGACUUGAGAGGCAAGUUUCCUCAUUUAUGGAUAACUACUAUAGUUUUGUUAUGUAGAAUUUAUUUUUGUGCUGAUUAAGAUGUACACUCGUUUGGUUAUAUCAUGCUUACAUUUUAGCUUA